AUGGCGGCAGCCGACCAGCGCGACAUUUACGACUCGAUGACAAUGCAGUCAGACAGCGAGACAUAUGACCAGCCCGACAUGUCGUCGCCCUCAUCACCAUCCUCAGACUCAGCAUCGCCCUUGAUCCUCUACUCCCCACCCACCUUCUGGGGCUUGGUGCGGGGUGCCGCCAUCAACCUGCUUCUACCUUUUGUCAACGGCCUGAUGCUGGGCUUUGGUGAGCUAUUUGCAAACGAACUGGCCUUCCGCUUUGGCUGGUCCAACACAAAGGUGCGUCACGCUGUGAGAUCAAGACUGAGAAAGACACUAACGCAAGCGCAGGUCUUUCCCAGCCACAGACGAGUCGGGCCCGGUGUCGAGAUGCGAACAGAUCCUGUUGAGAAGAGAAGACGCAACGGCAAAGAGCUGGAUGCCUACACGAGCUUGGAAUAG